CCUCAUGUUUACCAACCCAUCCACCAACCAACUCUUCAAUCCCUCAUUUCUCAAACUCCACCUUUGAUCUCUCAGCAACAGUGCAGAAGCCAACAUGGAUACUAGCGAGACCCAAUCGAUCACGACGCCUGCUGAGGAUGAGGAGCUCGUGGCUGCCUUCGAGACGUGCAUCCUCACGGCCGUCCCCAUGGUGUUGAGGUCUGCCGUCGAGCUUGGGAUCAUUGACUUGCUAGCCCGGGAAGGCGGGGCCUCCGCCCAGCUCUCGCCGUCCCAGAUCGCAGCCCACCUCGGGAUCGCCAACCCGGACGCCCCACGCACCAUCAACCGCAUGCUUCGUCUCCUGGCGAGCUUCUCCUACUUGUCGUGCACUCUUCAUGGCGAUCAGAGUCUGUAUGGCCUCGGGCCAAAGAGCAAGUACUUUGUAAGCAGUGAAGCCGGUUCUUUCGCGCCAUUGCUGCGAUUCCUCCAACAUAAGACCCUCAUCAACAGCUGGUAUGGGUUGCAGGAAGCAGUUAAAAAUGGAGGAGGCCUCUUCGAGAAUGCAAACGGGACAAAUAUCUUCGAAUACGCCGGGAAGGACCCGGCGCUCAAUACGGUCUUCAACAACGGGAUGGAAUCCCCGACCCCGCUUUACAUGAACAAGAUCCUCGAGUCGUACCGUGGGUUUGAGGGCGCAAAGACGAUUGCCGACCUAGGUGGCGGCGUCGGCCAGAACCUUCGGCUCAUAUUGGACAAGUUCCCAAAUCUCAGGGGCAUACUCUAUGAUCUGCCUCAUGUGAUCAAAGAUGCACCUGCCCAUCCUCGUAUGGAGCGUGUCGGAGGAGACCUGUUAAAGUCUGUUCCGAAAGCAGAUAUACUCUUCAUGAAGUGGCUUUUCCAUGGUCUACGAGACGAUUUCUGCAAAAUGCUACUCCAGAACUGUUACGAGGCGCUGCCACCAAAUGGCAAGGUGGUCAUCGUGGACCCGAUCCUUCCCGAAUACCCCGAGACAGACAUAGUGUCGAGGAACUCGUUCACCUCCGACAUGAUCAUGCUAUACACGAGCCCUGGAGAAGACCGGACGAGGAAAGAGCUGGAGGUGCUCGCACUUUCGGCCGGAUUUGACAAGCCAAGGAUCGCGUGUCGAGCUUACAACAUGUGGGUGAUGGAGUUGCACAAAAGAAGUGAUCUCUCUCGAGUCGCUCAUGGCGGUCGUUCCCUAAUUCUAGGAUUUCUCUCGUGUGGAAAAGGGAAAGAAUUAAAAAGGAGUGACCCGUAAAAUAAAAGCCAUCUUCUCAUGAAGAAGAAUGUAGCACCAUCCUUCAGAUUCAAUAAAAGAGAGAGUGAUGGUUCAUGUCUCCACGAGGCGGUUCUUCA